GACACGCGCUUUCAAACAGACGCUUUCUGCGCACGCUACUCAACGCGGAGACGAAGAGUGUUUUUAUUACUCCAGUAUUUGGUAAUAGUUGUAAUUUAUUGACGGGGAUGGAGGAUGUGGGAGCACUGGGCGUUUUCCAGGAGCGGAUGAAGUCUUUGUUCGGGUCUCUGCUGGAGGUUUUUCUUUCUGAAAUCACAGAAGUGUUCAGAGAGAGUUUAACACACAACAUGUGCACGAAACACUGUGAGACGUGUACCUGGAAUUAUUCAUCUGGGACUAAUAACAGUAAGAGGAACAGGGAAGUCACAUCAGAUGAGUCCCCACCAUUAUUGGGCCUGCAAUCCAGUGAAUCUGAAGAGCUAGAAGCUGACCCAAACCAGUGUACCGCCCCAAAUAAUCUCAGUCCACUUCCAGUGCAGAUGUCACUUCCUUUAUUAACAGCACUGUCGGAACAGACAGAAACGCAGUUAUCCACUGAAGAUGACAAAGCGCUGUACACUACAGUAAUGGUGGAUGAUCCCGAAAGCCAGAUGUCUCGAGAGAUUCAGAAAAUGCACGUAAAGCAGCCAAAAGAAGCAGAAGUCUGCAUUCUCACAGAAUCUAUUACUGCUUCGGUUGUGUUUAACACUCCUGGCCAGACAGUGCUCGCGCAAGACCUGAAACUAGAGAAUACCGGCAGGCCUGUAACUGGAGAUCAAGACAUGAUGCUGCCGAUGCUGAAAGAUGAUAAUGAAGAACAGGUAAUUAGACAUUUAGUGGAGAUUCAAGCUUGUCAGAACCCAGUAGAAAAUGCUGAAGCUGAGAAUCCAGUGGGAAGUGAAGCUGAACUGAAGGCUGAACAGAAUGAGCUCUGUGAAUCAGAAGAGUCGACUCUGGGCAGGUCUCUUGAUUUGCAAGAAGAGAGUCAGGGGUCUUCCUAUGGGUGUUACUUGGUAAAACUCCAGAGGGUCCAGGUACUUCAGAGACCUGUCAGUGACUCGAAGCGUUUCCACGUUUGCAGCUAUUGCAAUAAAAUCUUCAUGUUCAAGAAAACUCUAAGGAGGCAUAAACGCUUCCACACCGGCAAGAGGCCUCACUGCUGCUCGCUCUGCCCCAAGGCCUUUGUCUUUCGUAAAACCCUCCGCAAACACGAGAAAGCACACUUCAGGAGACCGUACAGCUGCAGUCAAUGUGACAAGCGAUUCAAACACAGGAAAAAACUACGCAUCCAUUGGCGCUUCCAUGAUGGAGAGAGUCCGUUUGUGUGUUCUCGUUGUGGGAAACGCUACAAGACACUUAAAAGCCUUGAUCGCCACCUGGAAUAUGUUGAUCAUGGCAACCAACCAUUCAGUCAAGAGAACUAAUUUGUUACAGUCAAAAAAAGGUAACACCUAAAAGCCUGCAGUCAAUAAAGAAUAUGGAUGUGAGUGAGUGAGUGUGAGAGAGAGAGAGAGAUUUUAUUGUGGCAGGUUCUAAGCUAAACAGCUUAAAAUUUUGUCCUCCUGUUUAAUUUCCUCUCUUAACCAAAAAGUAACUAGGUUAAAGACUUAAACUUAAUGUACAAUAAGGUUGUCUAAUUUAUGAAGAUGAUUCACAUUCGAAUGCUAAAACUUUGCAUUCAAAUUUUAGAUGUGUGCCAAGCACUAACAAUGACUUCAGGCUGAUCGCAUUCUUGCUUUUAAAAAAGGCUAGAUGCAGCGCAACAAAUGCAGUUUAUAAACAUGUCUCGAGAUGUGUUUUAAAAGGUUGAAGUUCUGUUUAACUUAACACGGUAUUUAAAAAAUGCGUCUAACUCAUUCGUAUUCGCUCUUAGGCAGAAGAGUAUACUUUGAAAUGCAACUUGGUCAACUGGCUGUGAUCCGAUCAGGAACGCACAAAAACUAAGUAUACCCGGGCCUUAAGGUGGAGGUAUUUGGCCAUUGUGUCUUGCUCUUUAAUCAGUAUUUCUCAUAUUAAGCAACAGGUUUCAAAAUGCUUUGUUAGAAAAAGAGUUCAGUUUGGAAAUGUGGGUCUCAAGGUCCUCACGUUGUGUUUCAUCCUUUCCAUUUAAGGUGAAACAAAAAUAAAUUUUCUUUGAGAAACUGGAUGACCAAGACCAUAUCACUAUUAGUCAUAAUUUUCUCUAUUCAAAUAUGUGGAUUCAUUGCACAUAAAACUCCUAAGAUUAGCAUGAAACCUUGUGAUUGUGUUCUGAGGUAUCAAAAAGCACAAAGAGAUUGUGUUAACAAUACUGUUAAUGACCAUGACUAUUUUGCUUAAUUAUGUAAUUAAUCAAUUUGAAUUUACCAUACUGUUAAAAGGGGCAUCUUACCACAUCAUUGGCUCAUUCUUGGGUCAAACUGCAUAAGUGCCCGUUGUGGAUAUAGUAUAGUGUAUGUUGAAGACCUCUGUGCAGUGACAUGUGCUCUCCAUUCAAUUGGUCCUGCAAAGGCUCUUCAGAAGUUAUUGUUUGCCUGUUGUUCAAAAGUAAGUUCUCACUUGUCCAUGUUUUCAGAUUGCUUUAUAUUUGCCUUGAGAAGGUUGAUCUCAUUAAAAUAAAGUGACUGUGAUGACAUUUUACCAAAAAAAACAUUACGCUGUCCAAUACAUGUGAAACGUCCACAUGGAGCUUAAAGCGAGUUAAAUGAUCUCCCAAACAGAUGCGUUUUUUGAAGAUUAAUGCUCUAUUGAGUUGUAAAUCAACAAAAUCUGCUUCCCUUUAUAAACCCAAACCUAACUGAUAGUGUCAUAAAAGCAAAUGUGAGAUGAAAAACGCAAUUGCCAAAGCAACCACAUAAUUUUGUGGUGCCUCUAAAAACACAUUCAGGUCAUGCGUUGAUUUGCGUGCUCUUCAGGACUCAUUUGUAUCACAACUGCAAUGCUCUAUCAUUAAUUUAGAUCACAUUUGAACAAGCAUGCAAAUGUAGUCAGUUUUGUAAACAAACAAACAAACAUUCAAAUGUAUUGCUAAAAAUGAUAUAAGAUAUAGGUGGAAAUCAGUUGUUUUUUUUUUUUUUUUUAAUGAUAAUCUGCUAUUUUACUCGUGAUUUGUGUGAAACUGAACAAACGUCAUUGUUGUAGUACCUUUAAUGUUAAUUUCACCAAGAAACUGCAGAGAUAUACAAUGAGCCGUGUAAAAAUUAUUUAGCAAAAAUGAAGGUAAUGUGAUUCUAUGAGACCAGGCUGAGAAAUCUUUAGUUACAGCUUAUAAUUUCUAUUGUUUCAGAAAUUAAUCAUGAAAAAAUCAGUUUUACAUUAUAUUGGUUUUAUUGUACUGCAGCCACACUGUUACACUUAUGACAAAUAUAUUUAAGAAUAAGAUAAUAUGUGAAUAAUGAGGAAUGUUUUGCAUUCCAUUUGUUUUAACAAUCUAACUCAAGUUUUACUGAUCAAAUGUUAUUUUACUUGAAAAUUAGUCUAAACAAAUACCAUCCCAUCACCAGGAUUACAAAUGAUUUUAUUUUAAGGAGAGAUUGUUUUGGUCCCAUAAGAACUUAAACAUGAAAAGAGUUCCAUUAACCCAUGUACUACAAAUAAAACCUGUGCAACUUUAAACCAACACAUAAGAUAAAGUUCAUCUGAGAUAAUCACCUUUUGUUACAUAAUUAUAAAAAUAAGUAUUAUGAAUUAAUUUCUAAGAUUUGUCCUCGAUAUGAGAAUUAGAUUACACUGCAGUACUGUUUAGACUUUCAAACUGUUCAGUCCCAUAGUCACCUAGGAAUAUUCCGGGUUCAAUAAAGUUAAGCUCAAUCAACAGCGUUUGUGGCAUAAUACUGAUUAAAUUUCACCCCUCGUAAGUAAAUAAAAAAAAAUAACAAUAAUAAUUACAGUAAGACACUUAAAAUGGAAGUGCCAGUCCAUAAAUGCUAAAAUACACAUUGUUUCAAAAGUAUAGCUACAAAACAUACACAUUAUACAUGUCAACAUGUGAUUCAAAGGUGAAGUAAAUCAUUUUAAUUAAAUACACUUUUUGUCAAAUUCCGUGAAUAUCUCUCUUCACAGUCCGCUAGCUGUCCGUUCCAUCUGUGCGCUGAAAACAAAAAUCUGGUGUUUGUACGCAGCCCUGGCUCUGUAAAUGGGAAAAUAAACAAAGUGGAUCGGACUGAUCCACACAACACUGUUGCGAUCACACUGCAUUGGCAAUGUGCUUGCAUGAAUUUGGAGGGGCGGAGCAUCUGAAGGAGCAUAGUUUGGCUGUUGAGUUCAAAUAUCAAGUCUUUGAUCCUGAAGGAAACUGCUUUUAUUUUUUUUUUUGCAUAAGUGCCCAUUGUGGAUAUAGUAUUCUGUGAAUGAAGACCUUUUUAACAGUUAUGUAUUGUAUAAUUACUACAUAUACUGUACAUGCACUGCUAAUCCAGAUACAAGGAAAACAUUAUUAGAGGUAAAAAGUACAUUUCUCAGUUGUUUCCAAGUCUUCACUGAAUUAUUGAUAGAUAUGAUGGAUUAAUACAGAUUUGA